AGCCGGUUGCAAGUAGUUGCAGCCAGCCGCGGCCAGUUGUGUGCCCCCUGCGCUGCUGUCCUCGGGGCGCCGGGAAAUGGCCCAUUGUGACAGCGGCGGCGCGUUGCCGGGCCCUUUGUGAUGCGGGGCCUCCUUGGGCCCGCGGGCCACUGUGACAGCGCGGGGCCCCGCCCUGCCCGGGAGGCUAUUUAAGGAGGGCAGAGCCCUGCAGUACCCUCUUUCUCCCAGGAGAGCAUCUGUCUCAGGAGGCAGCAUCUCUCUCGGGGACCUCAGCGGCAGAGGAAGUAGCCGACGCGGAAGAUGUGGACGACGAAGAAGUCCACCAACUUGCAGCCACGCAAGUGGCUGUCGAGCUGGCAGAGGAAGCACAAGGUGGACAACUGGCAGACGCAGGCAGCAGCGCAGGAAGAGGAGAAGAGCGCCUCUUCUGCUGCUGCCGUGGCUGAGCAGGUGAGAGCAGCAGGGGCAGAGAGCCAGGCAGCUGGCCCACGCAGCCCCAGAGGCGGCGGCCGCGCUGUGCUGGGCACCCUGCAGCGCGUGGCACGCGCCGCCCGCAGCAGGCUCGCGGUUGGGAUGCGGCGACGUGGCCAGAAGCCGGAGCCACAGAGGGAGGUGGAACAAGGUAGGGAGGCAGCCAGAGCAGGAACAUCCGCAGCAGCAGGGUCAGAGAGGCAGGACUCUGCCCUGCAAAGCCCCUGCUGUCCCCCCAGCCCCUUCCCAAGCCAUCUGGAAGCCCUCAGUGGGCAGUGGGCCGGGGCAGCAGCGGGGGCAGUGCUGCCAGUGGCAGAGAGGGAGGACCAGGCCUGCUCCGAGGACGAGAGCCUCUGGGACAUCUCCAGCCUCUUCGAGCUGUCAACGGGGGAUGAAAGCCCAGAGGAAAGCUGGAGCAGUGGGCAAGAAUGUAGCUCAGUGUCCCUCCCGUGCCAGGCAUGGGCAGAGCCCGGGAGCUCUCAAGCAGGCACAACCACAGUGCAGGGCCCAGGGGUCAGUCUCACAAGCCCUUACACCAGGGCAAAGACCCCCACCCCGGACGGCUUUCCAGACCGCUGCGCCCUCAGCCCCUUGCCAAGUGACCUGGAAGCUCUCAGUGGGCAGUGGGCAGGGACAGCAGCCAAGGCCGUCCUGCCAGUGGCACCGACCGAGGAUGGGGCCUGCUCCGAGGAGCUCUCAGACAUCUGCAGCCUCCUAGAGCUGCCCCAAGAAGAACGCAGCGGAGACCAAAGGUGGAGGAGGAGAGAAAAGAGGCUCCCCGUGCCCAUGCCACGGGAGGCAUGGUCAGAGCCCUGGGGCCUUCAAGCGCCCACAGCGACAGCCCGUGCCCCAGUUCGUGGCAGCAGCAGCCCUUCCACCAGGCCACAGGCCCCGAGCCCGGACGCCUGCCCCCCCAGCCCCUCGCCAAGCCAGCUGUCAGCUCCCAGUGGGCAGUGGGCAGGGCUCCCGCACGUCUCCAGGGAGUCCCGAGGGCAAGAAAACGCAGACCCACCGCUGUGCCCGGAAGAAGACAGCCACGAGGAGGAGCUGUCAGAGAACAAAGGGCAAGGCGUCCAAAUAUACACCAUCUGGGUCAAGCCCUCCUUCAUACCGGUGCUGCUGGAGCCUCAGCCUGCUGGCCAGGAAGGGCCCAAAUGUCCCUGCGUCAUCUGCGCAGAGGCGGCCCAAGAGGCAGUCGGGGACCCGCGCGGCACAUCUCCCGCCCCGGCGGGUCCCAGGCACAGCCGGGCAACGGCUGCUGCCCCGCAGCGCCCCACAGGCUGCUGCCCCGCCGUGCUGGACACGCUGCAGCGCACGGCACGUGCCACCCUGAGCAGGAUCGCAGCUGUGAUCCGGCGACGGGGCCGGCGGCCGGGGGACCAGCGGCACCCGGCUCAAGGCAUGGACGCGGCCAUGCUGGCAACAGCCCCAGCGGCAGGGGCAGAGAGCCAGGCAGCUGCCCUGCGCAGCCCCUGCCGCCCCCCCAGCCUCUCGCCCAGCCAGCUGGAAGCUCGCAGGGGGCAGUGGGCAGGGGCAGCAGCAGAGACGGUCCUGCCCCUGCCACAGAGCCAGGAGGGGGCCUGCUCUGAGGAUGAGAGUCUCUGGGACAUCUCCAGCCUCUUAGAGCGCUGCCAAGGGCAAGAAAACACAGCCCGAAGCCGGAGUACUGGCGGAGCAAGUAGCUCUGGGUCCCUCCCGUCUGAGGAGUGGGCAGAGCCCUGGGACUCUUCCUCAGCCACAUCCACCUCCACCUCCACGGACUGAGCUGCUGGGGGCAGUUUGGGACGUGGCCUUACCACCUGCAGCUGCACUUGAAGGAGGAAGGCCUUUUUCCAACGAGACAAAGCCCAAAGAAGAACUUCGGGCAACUGCAGGCCGUCAGGGGGGCCACUUGCUGGGAGGACGACUUGCUGGCGUGGGACAGACAGUCUUUGGAGCGCUGGCGAGUCGAGCCCUCACCUACAGCUCUCUCAGCACAGCGGCCCUCUCUCUUCAGGGAGGCACUCCGGGCUCUGGGCAGGGCGUUCCGCUGGCCCUGCCUGGCGGGAUGGGAUGGCGGCUCCCAAGCUGUGGCGGUGACCAGACUGACAUCCACCUGAUGGCCGGUCACCAGUGGUGUCGCCCAGGGCUCAGUGGUGGGGCCAGUCCUGCUGGUCUCUUGGCUUGGAUUGCCCUUUGCCCAGUCCUCCAGGACUUCACCUGACUGCCACCAUUUCUCCAAAACCAUGGGCAGUGGACUAGCCCCUUUGUCUGCCAGCUCCCUCAGGACCUGGGGAUGAACCUCAGCGGGUGCCUUGUGCACAUUCAGGUUCCUCACACGCUCUCCAACCUGAUCCUCUGCUGCAGGGGACUUGGGCUCUUCUUCUGCCAGUCCCUGCCUUUGCCUUUCUCCACCUGGGCGGCGUGGCUGGAGCGCUUGCUGUCCAAGGCUGAAGCACAGAAGGCAUCGAGAGCCUCAGCCUUCUCUUUGUGCCGGACAGCCACGUCUGCCAGUUCCUUCUGGAGAGGGCCCACCUUAUCCCCAGUCCGUCUUUAGCAAGAUAGCUGUAGAGGCCCUUCCUGUUCUCCUGAAGAGCUCCGGCCAGACUCAAGUCGAGCUGGGCCUUGGCUUUCCCACCCUUGUCCCCAGCUUCCCUACCCUUGUCCCCAUCCUCCCAGGCCACCUGUCCUUGUUUCCAUUCCCCGAAAUAGGAAGAAGUCCCCUUAAGUUCUUUAGGUUAAAGUAGGGGUAGGGAAGAAUUAGUCGAGUUAAGUUGCGUAGGAUAAAGUAGGGCUAGGUGUUAGCAGUGCUCUCCACUGGAAUUUCAGAGGACAAGCUAAAGGCCGCCUCAUGCUUUCUAGUCCCGUUUCAUGACCAAAAUGACAAAGGGUGCUUUAGCAUGGGCGCUGACCUAGGAGAGCCUAGUAUUUAAGAUAGACUUGUGGAAGUUUAAAAUAAAGAUUGGUUUGGAAAGAAAAGGGUCAGGAAGCUUGUGUUUUGAAAGCGGAUAAUAUUUCGGGGUUGGGCUAGGACUUGUUCCUUAGGCAGCUGAGCUGUGUCCCUUGGCGCGGCUGGGUGCAAUAGAGCUGUCCCGGAGGCUGAAGGCGGCAGAGGGACGUCUGUAAGCAGAGCUGGGGAGCAGCCAGCGAGUGGGUCUUCCCUUCUCGGAAGUAGAAGUUAGUUUUUCAGGAUCUCCCGAAGUUCGUGUGUUGCUGCCCUCCAUUUUAGAAGGAGGAGUUCUUGGAAGCCGUGUCUUGCGGGGCUGGGCCGCUGCUAAAGGACAACAGAAUAUGUAGAUGCCUUUCUUGAAAUAAAACUAGUGGUUUGAUCCACAA